AUGAGCGAGAGGAGCGAGAAGAGAGAGGAGCGAGAAGAGAGAGGUGCGAGAAAAGUGAGUAGCGAGAAGAGAGAGGAGCGAGAGGAUCGAGAAAAGACAUGUGAGAGAAAAGAGAGGAGAGAGAGGAGCGAGAAGAGAGAGGAGCGAGAAGAGAGAAGAGCGAGAAGGGCGAGAAGAGAGAGGAGCCAGAGGAGUGAGAAGAGAGAAGAGCGAGAGGAGAGAGGAGCGAGAAGAGAGAGGUGCGAGAAAAGAGAGGAGCGAGAAGAGAGAGGAGCGAGAAGAGACAGGGGCAAGAAGAGAGAGGAGCGAGAAGAGAAAGGAGGGAGAAGAGAGAGGAGCGAGAAAAGAGAGGGGCGAGAAAAGAGAGGAGCGAGAAAAGAGAGGAGAGAGAGGAGCGAAAAGAGAGAAGGGCGAGAAGAGAGAGGUGCGAGAAGAGAGAGGAGCGAGAAGAGAGAUGAGCGAGAGGAGCGAGAAGAGAGAGGAGCGAGAGGAGCGAGAAUAGAGAGGUGCGAGAAAAGAGAGGAGCGAGAAGAGAGAGGAGCGAGAAGAGAGGAGAGAGAGGAGCGAGAAGAGAGAGGUGCAAGACGAGCGAGAACAGAGAGGAGCGAGAGGAGGGAGAAGAGAGAUGAGCGAGAGGAGCGAGAAGAGAGAGGAGCGAGAAGAGAGAGGUGCGAGAAAAAGGAGAGAGAGGAGCGAGAAGAGAGAGGAGCGAGAAGAGAGAAGGGCGAGAAGAGAGAAGGGCGAGAAGAGAGAGGAGCCAGAGGAGUGAGAAGAGAGAAGAGCGAGAGGAGAGAGGAGCGAGAAGAGAGAGGUGCGAGAAAAGAGAGGAGCGAGAAGAGAGAGGUGCGAGAAAAGAGAGGAGCGAGAAGAGAGAGGAGCGAGAAGAGAGAGGGGCAAGAAGAGAGAGGAGCGAGAAGAGAAAGGAGGGAGAAGAGAGAGGAGCGAGAAAAGAGAGGGGCGAGAAAAGAGAGGCGCGAGAAAAGAGAGGAGAGAGAGGAGCGAAAAGAGAGAAGGGCGAGAAGAGAGAGGUGCGAGAAGAGAGAGGAGCAAGAAGAAAGAGGAGCGAGAAGAGAGAUGAGCGAGAGAAGCGAGAAAAGAGAGGAGCGAGAAAAGCGAGAAAAGCGAGGAGCGAGAAAAGAGAGUUGCGAGAAAAGAGAGGAGCGGGAGGAGCGGGAAAAGAGAGGAGCAAGAAAAGAGAGGAGCGAGAAAAGGGAGGUGCGAGAAAAGAGAGGAGAGAGGAGCGAGAGGAGCGAGAAAAGAGAGGAGCGAGAAAAGGGAGGAGCGAGAAAAGAGAGGAGUGAGAAAAGGGAGGGGCGAGAAAAGAGAGGGGCGAGAAAAGAGAAUUGCGAGAAAAGAGAGGAGCGAGAAAAGAGAGGGGCGAGAAGAGAGAAAGGAGCAAGAAAAGAGAGGCGCGAGAAAAGAGAGGAGUGA